GGGGUCAAGCUUUCUCAACGGAACGAACGCUCUCUGGUCCGCAGUCAACUCUGGCAACUGGUAGCGCGUGCAAUGGAAAACUCUGCUCUAAAGUUUCCCCACGAAAUUCGCGAUGUCGAGGAGUCCACCAAUGCGGAAUUGAUGGAGUACUUUCAUGGAGAGCGUACAGGCUUCGUGCAGGUCGGCUCCGAGGGAUACUUCUUUCCCCACAAGUACAAGGAAGAGGCGGAAAGGUAUUACAACUUUGAGGCACGGCCGGAUGAUGUGUGGAUAGCCACCGUGCCCAGAUCGGGCACCACGUGGACACAGGAGCUCAUAUGGCUCCUGUGCAAUGGUCUGGAUUUUGAGCAGGCCCAGCGAAGGCCGCUCACUGAACGUUUUCCAUUUUUCGAGUUUCCCAUAUUCAUGCAUCCCCAAGUCAAGGAGGAGUUACUGGUCAAAAACAAGGAGUCCUCUAGUGCCUCGGAGUUCAUUGAGAAGAUCUCUCGGCCGGGCUACGAGGCUUUGAGCGAGGUGCCGCAAAACCAACGACGCUUCAUCAAAACGCACUUUCCCUUUUCCCUAAUGCCGCCCAGUGUCAUGGAGAAGAAGUGCAAGGUCAUUUAUGUGAUGCGCGAUCCCAAGGAUGUGGCUGUGUCCUACUACCAUUUGAACAGGCUCUUCCGCACCCAGGGCUAUGUGGGAGACUUUGAGCGGUAUUGGCGCUACUUUCAGCGAGGACUAAAUCCCUGGCUACCCUACUACAGCCAUGUGAGGGAAGCUCGCGAGCACGCCCGUCUGGACAAUGUGCUAUUCCUGCGCUACGAGGACAUGCUGGUGGAUCUUCCAGGUACUAUUCAUAGCAUUGCCAGCUUCCUGGAGUGCCCGCCCCAGGCCAAGGAUAUGGACAGGCUGCUAGAUCACCUGAGCAUUCAGAAUUUCCGUAAGAACAAGUCGGUUAACAUGAACGAAAUGGCCUCUGUGGGUAUACUCAAUGAGGGAGAGGCGGGUUUUGUGCGAAAGGGCUCCAAAACAGAGUGCCAACCGCAGAAGGAGUUUGUCGAUAAUCCCAGUCUACUCGUUAAUGCCAACGAAUGGAUCGAACAGAAUGUUAAGUGCUUUAAAACUAUAUAA